UAGUAUUAUUACCAAAUAAAUCAUGCGUGAUUAUAAUUCAACUGCCUAUACACAACUAUUCAGCUCAGCUCAAGACUUCACUGUUUGUUAGUUGUAGUUGAUGAGAAAAUAUAAUGACAUGUAGUUGUCAGUGUGUCUUCAGAAUACUAGCAUGGAGGUGAUACUAGCCACAUGAAACUGAGUACUAAGCAACUUUAAGUGUUCAACUCCGGAUCAUUCGACUGAGAGGAAGGUUGAGUUUCAUCUAGAUAGCAGUGUUCCUGUAUUGCAGUAGGUUGACAUACUGAUGAAUAAUGACUACAUGCCUGUACCAGCUUGUGCUUGGCAUCAACAUGGCAUGAGUUGUGACACCAGGACUACUCACAAAAGCUCAAUUUUCAAACCAAACUGUACUGUAAGUGGUCUGGGGGGUGUCUAACAGUUGGCUACUCUAUGUACAUUGUAAAUGUGUGACUCUCCUGGACAACUGCUGAAACCUUCAUCAUGAUACAGAUUUGUUAGUAUGGAGUGAAUGACAGAUGAAGAGAGGUCCUACACUAAGCCAUGAAAUGAUGACACAACAAGUGCUGUUCUUCGUGCUGACUAGCUACUUGGUUAGUACUACUAGUGGUUAUAUCACCAACCAUACCAAUCUUGUGGAUCAGCAAUGUCCUACAAGAUGCUUAUGCAAUCAGGAAGUGGUUGACUGUAGCUAUUUAGGGUUGGAGGAAAUACCAAACGUACCACUCAAAACAAAAGUACUGAUUCUAACAGGAAAUAAAAUCAAACGAAUUGCAGACAUGGAUCGACUCGGCAACAUAGAGGCACUCUACCUUCAUGGUAACAAGAUUACUGAUGUCACAACAUUAUUAGCAGCCAGCUUUUUGAAAAUCUUAGAUGUAUCAAAUAACCCUAUUGGUUGUGACUGCAAGUUACAGAUGACGUUAGAUUCGUUGAGUAAGCAAAACAUUCAACUUGUGAAUUUAGACAGUACAAAGUGUGCCUUUCCAAUGCAUCUGUAUGGUCAAUCGCUUAGUGACUUGAUGAUGGGAGUGAAUGUUUGUAAUAAACACAGACAGCAGAGGGAUGAGAGUGAGGAAGAUUCGAGACAUAGAGGCGCGAUAUGUGAAGGUAACCCCUGCAAACAUGGUGGUACUUGCGUCAUAAGGCCACAUCAUACCUGGCAGUGUGUAUGCCAGCCCGAGUACCAAGGACAAUAUUGUGAAUGGCGCACAGGAGACAUGUUAAGUAUGACUGUAAAAGAUGUAACAAGUUGUGAUAUUGAAGUCAGAUGGGCCAUAGAUGCAGAGGAUAUCAUGGACUUCCGCUUAGUGUACAUGGAGGACUACAUCGAAUUCAAUCCUCAAGUAGAAAAGGUCUACUUGAAUGGAAGCAGUCGUAGGUAUAAGAUUGAGCAACUCAAACCUGAUACAACUUACACAAUCUGCCUGGCUGCUUUCAGUUAUACUUCUCGUAAGAGGUCACCUGGUAAUAUAAUAGAAGAGGUGUGUCUCCUACAAAAGACGGACCCUUCGCAAACCACUCAGCAUUCCCGCCCUAACGGACCUUUAACAGACAGUGCAAUGCCAGUACCUUCCCUUGAUGGAGCAACAGAUGACAAGCUGGACCUACAAACUAUCAUGACAAUAUUUGGAGUAAUUCUCUGUAUUUGUCUGGUCCUUAUUUGCGUAGUUGCAAUACUUUAUGUAAUUCGCCUGAGGGGUAUAACCUUAACCCGUAGAGGUAGACACCGUAGGCACUCCCCACCUAAUGUAAUCCAUGUUGAAAACCCCACCUAUGGUUCAACAAGUUCACCUACACCAUCUGUGCAGGAUAUUCCCAUCGGAGAGUCAGGGAAUGGGAUAGUGACUCAAGACAAUGAUGUUCCAUUAAUACUUGAGACUAGUGGGAAUAUUGAAGGAGUAUAUACAUGUAGUAAUCAAGAUGUGCUUGAUGAGUCCACAACAAAUGCUUCACUAACAGCAACAUUACAAGAUAACACAUUAACAACCAUACAGGAUCCUCAAGACACUCUCAGAAUACAAAUAAUAGACGAGGAUUUGUCUCAUCAUGAGAACAUGCAACAUUCGGUCAAUGACAUGAAUGAAUUAGACAAUCCAGAACAACAAGUUAUACAAUGUUAGCUCAGGUGCUGAGCGAUUUUAACUACAUGCUUAAAAAUAAAGCUAAAGGCAAAUAUUUGUGAUUACUACACUAGGAUUUAUCCAUGUUGAAAUUCUGUGAAUGUCUUUGCCAACAUUGUGUCUUGGAAGAAUACCCCCCAAAACAAUCAUCAAAUUUAUUAGAAGCAACUCAAUAGAAGCAACUCAAUUCAACUUAUGCAACUUAUAAAUGUACAUAGAUUUAUCCAAACGUGUAAAUCCAUUUCUCAGUCUGAGCUUUGAUUUUUUUUUAUUGUGUUUUAAAUUUGAUAUUAUAUGAAUAAAUAUAUUUUUGAAAUCAUUUUAGGAGAACCUAAUUGAAGUUCUAUUCAUGUUAACUCCCAUGAGUUCUUGACAUUUAAGAGCAAACUUUUUGAGGCCUUCUCAAAUUUUUGAUAGAAAGAAUUUACAUGACAUUUGUAAUACUGUUCAGCUGCAUUGUUAAUCCUUUACGAACAGAUAAUAAUAUGGAUAAAAGAAUAAUUGACAACUCAACAAUGAGUCCACUUUUCAAUCAUAUUCCUAGAGAUGGUUACACAAUCAAUCAUGUCUUCCAUAAACCAUCUGAUUGGCUUAGUUUACAGCCAAAAAUAUACUUUCAACAAAUAACUAAUGAAUAAAUGAUUGGCCAUGAGGUCUCAAACAACCUUUUAGAACCGACUUGGUUGUGGCAGUGCGAUAAAGGACUGAGGACAGCCACAACAAUGCAAUGUUUUAAACAGCCGGUUAAGACAAAGUCAUCACUCUUUCAUACUCGGGUUUUUUUGUGUGUUGAAAAACAUAGUUAUUUUUGUGCAGGAAAAUCUGUAAAGCUUGUCUGUUGUUUUUUUAGCCUAAAUUCUCAAUUCAUGUUACAUUAUCAGGCCCUUUCCAUAAAGGGUAUUGGAUGAGAUUCAAUGGUUGUCCCUUCGAACACAUGCCAUUAGAUUAUUACAUUGAGUACCGAUAUGUAUUGAUUGUGCACCACAUUAUUAGUGCAUGCGUAGACUUAAAGGCAGUGGACACUAUUGGUAAUUGCUCAAAAUAAUUAUCAGCAUAAAACCUAAACUUGUAUUGAGCA